AUGCAUCAGGCAAAACCAACGUUUCUUAAAAAUUUUUACAAUAAAUUGCUCCAACUGCGUUAUUUUCCCAAGCCCUUUAAGACAGGGCAAGUUAUUCUUUUCCAAAAGAAAGAAAAGGACCCGAACGAUCCAGCCUCAUUCCGGCCCAUCUGUCUCCUGCCCGCCAUAGGGAAAAUUUAUGAGAAACUUUUAGUUCAGAGAAUAAAGCACUACUUGGAGAUUAAGGGUGAGAUCACGGACUCUCAGUAUGGUUUUCGAGAGCAGCGCUCAACUAUCCAAGCUCUUAGUGCCAUACAAAAGGGAAUCUAUGACGCGUAUGACUCUAACAACCAUGUAGCCGUACUCAGUCUGGAUCUGAAAAGUGCGUUCGAUUCCCUGUGGUGGCCAGCAAUCCUGGAAGCACUUCACGACGCUCAGAUCCCUGAUAAUCUGUACUGCAGAUUUGCGAUUCUGAUUUUGAUGAUCACCAACGUCAAUGCGAAAUUUCCUGGUAGUUCACAUGAUUCAUUUGUGUGGCGAUCUUCAGGAGUUCGGCAUGCACUUUCCAGGCAUCAUGAAACUGGCUCUUGGCUUUUAGGUGAUGCAGGCUAUCCUUUGGAACCAUGGUUGUUGACUCCUGUGUCUUCCCCAACUGUAGGAUCUGCUAAUGAAAGAUAUAACAAGAAGCAUGCAACAGCCAGAAACUGCAUUGAAAGAUGUAUUGGGGUUUUGAAAUCAAGAUUUCGCUGUCUACUGCAUGCAAGAGAAUUAAAUUAUGAACCAACAACUGCUGGGAAAAUUGUAAAUGCCUGUGCAGUGUUGCAUAAUAUUUGCAGGCAUUACAAAUUACCCGAUGUUGAAAAUGAUUGCAGAGAAGAACCAUGGGGACCAAUUCCACCAACAGUUUUUGAACCAUCAUUAAGAGCUGCUGCUCUUAAAAUCAGAGAUAAUUUAAUUUUAACUCGUUUUUAAAACUAAUGAUAAUAAAUUUUUUA